AGGCACAUGCAGCCGCGUCGUCUUCUUCUCCAACUGUUGCGUCUCGCCGGAGACUCCGGGAAGACCGCUCGCUCCGAAGCAACGGAUGAACCUGUCACCGAAGGCACGUCGCUGGUUUACACGGGAUCCCAGGCGACAAAAGCGAGCCCGCACGCCACCGGGGGCACCUGUGCGCUGUCCGCAGAAGUGCGCUUGUUAUCGCCGGCGGCCUGUGGCGGCUGCUGCCGCUAGCGCGCCGCCGACUCGCUCUUUUUCGGCCCGUGCACACUACAUAGCGCGCGGCAGCGCACCGCGCACGUCGCUGCCUCGACAUGUCCUUGCGGUGGCGUAGCCUGGCCUCGCGCUCCCGCCUGGGCUCCGGGCCCGGCGGCGACGGACCGUGGGAACCCGACGAGUGCGUCAAGCUGCUCGCGAACCCCGACCUGACGCGGCUCACGGUCGUCAAGCGCGAGCUGGGCCGAGCCAGCUCGUCGUGGAUGACGCGCUUCUUGGAGCUGGAUGGCCUGGACGCCCUGUUCUGCGCGCUGGACGCGUUCAGCGGUCACCACGAAGCAUCGUUCCAGGAUGCCGUGCUGCAACUGCACUGCGUCGAGUGUCUGCGCGCCCUGAUGAAUGCGCGCACGGGACUGGACCAUAUCGUGAAGCAGCCGCGUUACACCCGCAAGUUGGCCGAAGCGUUGGCCAGCCCGAACCGCGUGGUACGCAAGCAAGUGCUGGAGCUCCUGUCUGCCGUGUGCGUGUACGCGCCGGGCGGCCAGGUUCUGGCGCUGGACGCACUCGACCACCUGCGCGCCUCGACGGGCAGGGAGCACCGUUUCAGCGUGCUCGUGGACGAGCUGUCGCACCCCGAGGUGCUGCCGUACGCCGCCACCGUGCUCGCCUUCAUCAACUGCGUGCUCAUCAGCACCGACGACUUCCGCGAACGGCUGCGCCUGCGCAACCAGCUUCUAGGGCUGGGCUUCCUGGAGUUGGUGGAACCGCUGCGUCGUUCGGGAGACGACGAGUUGUUCAUUCAGUGUCACGUGUUCGAGACUACCCGCGAGGCGGACGACGAGCACGCGCUCAGCCUCGGACUCACUGCCUCGGGAAACCACUACGAGGCCUUCGCCGCCGUCAUGAACAAGGUAUAUGGCAAGCCACAGUCCAUCGCUUUCCUCAUGCUCCUGCGAAAUCUCGAGAAGCUCGACCCCGAUGACACAGCUAGCCACCUUGCCUGGGAACUGCUGGAGCGGCUGUCGCAGCAGUUGAGCUCGGGACCCGUGCUGCCCCUGUACAACGCGAUGGGACCCAAGCUGACCCCGACACCUCCCGAGCUGGCAGCCAUGGAGCGGCUGGACAACGGUUGCAGCCGCCACCGCGGUGGAAGCGAAGGCGAGUCCGAGGUCUUCGCCGACCGUUCCCCGCCGCCGCCCAAGAACAGGCUCAACAUUUUCAAGUUCAUCACUCAGGGUUUGAAGAAGAGCUCAGCACGUGGCGGCACGGACGCGCAGGUGUCCGCUCUGUCGCGGUCUACGUCGUAUAGGUCCAAGUCUACACAGGCGCGGAGGUCUUCUCAGCCGUCGCCCGUAGUCCGACGGAACCAGGAAGUGGUCGGCGUCGAGCGGUGUCCUAACUCGACGAACCUCACGAAGCGUAGCAUCGAAGCCUCGCCCCAGCACUCCCCUUCGCAGCGCUCGUCCCCGCGCUCGACGCAGCUGACGCGCUCCUCGGUGCUUCGCUCGUCAACCGAUGGCCAGCCGCCGGUCGUCGCAGCUGCGUGCAAGACGUCGCCUGAAAUCCGGGGUCAGCCGGACGUCAACGACACCGGACGCCUACCUGCGCCUCCGGUACCCAGUGAGCCUCAAGAACUCAAGGGAGCUCAAGCUCCAGCCGUCAAUGGAGCGCCAGCCACUGCGAGUGGACCAUCCGGCCCACCGCCUCCGCCUCCACCACCACCACCUCCACCUCCUUCACUGCCAGGUAUGCAGAACCCGCAUGGUGAUGGCCUGGCGACCAAAAUCACGCCGUCCAAGGCGGCACAACUCCAAGCAGCGCCACGUGGACCAGCCUCUCCUGGGCCUUUCCACACGCUGCCUAAACCACAGCAGAAGAUGAAGACACUCAACUGGACUAAGGUGCCGGAUACCCUUGUCUGUGGGGGCAAGAGCAUCUGGAGCGACGUCACCAAAGAAGCCCAGGAAGAGCACGUUGAACGGAAGCUGAACUUUAAACAAGUCGAAGAGCUCUUCUGCCAAAAGACGGCUACCACAGCGCAACCGAAGGUUCCACCAGACAAGAAGAAAAAACGGGAGCCAGCAUUGCUCAGCCUCCUGGAUGGAAAAAGAAGCCUUAAUGUCUGCAUCUUCCUCAAGCAGUUCAAGUCCGGGCCUGAACAAAUCGUCUCCAUGAUUCGCUCUUGCAAGUCUAAGGAAAUCGGCGCGGAACGCUUGCGGAUGUUGCAGAAGAUACUACCAGAGCCAGAUGAGUUGAGCAUGCUGAGGUCGUACACGGGCGAUCGGAGCAAGCUGGGCCAGGCGGAGCAGUUCUUCCUGAUGCUGGGCGACUUGCGACUGUACGCGCUCUACGUGGACGGCAUGCUGCAGAUGGAGGAGUUUAGGCCGAGCGUCGACGCGCUGAAGCCACAGCUAGACAACUACAUUGGCGUCUGCCAGGAGAUACUCACCAAUCGCAGCCUCAAGGAAUUCCUCAAGCUCAUUCUCAUCACCGGAAACUUCAUCAACUCGGGCAGUUACGCGGGCAACGCAUUUGGUUUCCGGCUGAAUACGCUUCCGAAGCUGCUCGAGACACGUUCGAACAAGCCACGCAUGACACUUCUUCAUUUCCUAGUCGAAAUCGCUGAAAAGGAACAGGCACAGACGCUGUCCUUCACCAAAGAUCUUCGACAUCUCGCCCAGUGUUCCAGGCUGUCCCUGGAUGGCAUGCGGGCAGAACUGAAACAGCUGUCUACUGGUAUUGAAAAGCUCGAGAGGCACCUUCCCCAAGGCGACGCUGACUUCAAACAACACUUUGGAGCCUUUAUCACAGCGGCCAAGGCACAGCUGAGUGAACUGUCUUCGAGCUUCGAGCAAAUUGGACAGCUCUCGCGAAGGCUUGCUGAGCACUUUUGCGAGGAGGAGGGCCGCUUCUCAGUCGAAGAGUGCCUGCACAUCUUCAACAACUUCUGCGAAAAAGUCAAGCUGGCGCAAAAGGAAAAUGAAGAACGAAGGCAGCUGGAGGAGCGAGCCGAGAAGCUCAAGAUCACACGGAUGGGCACGGACCAGAGCAAGCCUGGACACGCAAAGAAGCCGGCUGCCUCCUUUGUAGAGGAGGAGUGCAUCGUCGACCGUCUUCUCGCCGAAAUUCGUCAGGGAAGCUUCAAGCUACGCAAGACGCCCGCUUGACACAGCGCGUACGACGGCGGGCACAGCAGACUCAACAUUUUAAUAUUUUUUUUGCUUCGUGGUUUUAAACAAAUAAAAUUUAUUUUUUAAUUUU